ACAGUAAAGCAGAAAUCUGGUGCAUGGUCUCUCAUGUUUUAUUAUCCCCACAGAAGGAUCCUCUCAUUGAAAAAACAAAAACCUUUUCAAUGGCUUGGGUGUGGGGGAACAGUAACAACACCACCACUCCAUUUCCCAAAACUAAAAAGAAUUCCCCACAACACAAAGUCCCAUACCCCAACACCCCUUGAGAGGAAGAUACAAUUUCUAGUCUUUAAAUCAUCAAUAAACCCACCUUGAAACUUGGGUUUAAGUUCAACAGAGAAAAGAUAGGCAAUAGAGCUUCUCAUUUCAUCCACCAAUCCCAAUAUCAUGCUAACAAAAACCAUUGAUAAAUAAAAAAGAGAAAGAAAGGAAGAAAGAAAGAAACUCCAUAACACCUUCACAGUCAUUUUCCACAACACCUCGGAGUACAGUAACCCCACACUCCAUCAUUUUCAGUUAGACAAAUGUGAAAAAGUAUAGAAACAAAUUUUUAAAAAUAAAUGGGGUCGUUCAAAUUACAAAGAUAAAAAAGAUAAAGAAUGCCCCAUAUUAACUCUCAACAGUCACAGGCAGUCCCUUGAUUUUACAUCACUUGUUUAUAGUCAUCAAGACAUAUUCACCCAUGUUUACAUAAAUGGUUAUCUUUUUUUUUUGAAGAUAAACUAUACGUUUUAUAGAAGAGGGGGUGGGGGGGGGGGGGGAAUGUUGUUUUCACCAUAAGCUUGUGUGGCAGUUGGUUGCCACAGUGAUUGAAAGCGCCCAUCUUUUCAUGUCUAUUGACAUUGAUAGUUGAUAUAUCACUUGGCUUGUUCAUGUCCUCUUUUGACUCUCUGUUUCUCUCCUCUGCUUGCUUCAUCAUUGUCAAGCACUGUGUUGAAGUAGAACUAAAGCAAGACCAAAGACAAAUACUACCCCUGAAAGAGAGAAGAAAACACACCAAUCUCAAAAACAAUGGGGUCUCUUGGAGCUGAAACUGCAAAGAAGAAAGCAAAGUGGCUCUAUCCUAAAGUUUCGGGUUUUAAUCCUUCUGAGAGAUGGGGGCACUCUGCUUGUUUCUCUAAUGGGGUUGUUUAUGUUUUUGGGGGGUGUUGUGGAGGUCUACAUUUCUGUGAUGUUCUCAUGCUAAAUCUCAACACAAUGGUAUGGAAAACUCUCGAAACCACAGGCCAGGGACCUGGCCCUAGAGAUAGCCACAGUGCUGUUCUUGUAGGGACUAAAAUGAUGGUAUUUGGGGGCACUAAUGGUUCCAAGAAGGUAAAUGAUCUUCAUGUACUGGACCUUGCAUCGAAAGAGUGGAUACAAGCGGAAUGUAACGGUGUUGCACCUUCUCCUCGUGAAAGUCAUACUGCCACACUUGUUGGUGAAGAUAAGGUAGUGAUUUUCGGAGGUAGUGGUGAAGGUGAAGCAGUUUACUUGAAUGAUUUACAUGUUCUGGACCUUAGGACUAUGAGAUGGACUUCUCCUACUGUGCGAGGUCAUAUCCCCGUCCCUAGAGACAGUCACAGUGCUGUUGCAAUCGGGAACAAGCUCGUCGUGUAUGGAGGGGAUUGUGGUGAUCGAUAUCAUGGAGAUGUCGAUGUGUUUGACAUGGACAAUUCUACUUGGUCAAGGUUGGCUGUUCAAGGCUCUUUACCAGGUGUUAGAGCAGGACAUGCUGCUGUGAGUAUUGGAACAAAGGUUUUCAUUAUUGGAGGGGUUGGAGAUAAACACUACUACAAUGAUGUUUGGGUCCUAGACGUGAGUGCUCGUUGUUGGGCGCAACUAGAUAUAUGCGGCCAGCAGCCUCAAGGGAGGUUUUCUCAUACUGCUGUCUUCACAGAGUCAGACAUUGCUAUCUAUGGAGGGUGUGGGGAGGAUGAACAUCCCAUCAAAGAGUUGCUGGUUUUGGAACUUGGAACACAGCAUCCUAAUGGUCGUUAUAACAUGUGUACAAUUUUUGGAAGCCAUUGGAACCAAGAAAAGAGAAGAUUCCUCAGAGUAGCACAAAACAACUUGAGAACUAUGUAUUUGGGGGAUAAUGAAGUAUCAAAACAGGAAGCUCAUGAAGCAGAACAAGAAGCAAAGCGCUCUUUUCGGUCCAGUUCAGAUCCAUCAAAUUCAAAAAGGAAAAGAAGUGCCAAUCCAAAGACAAGUGAGGUUGAAUCGGAACAAGAAGAACAUUCCCUUUCUCUCUCGCAGCAUUCAUCGCCCUCACAAUCUGAUCAAGAACAAGCCCCACCACAAAAGCCUACAAAUUCCACAGCGUCUCAUGAACUUAACCUGUUUAAGCCGUUGCAUCAUAUACCAAGCCAUUGUCAGCUUAACGGUGUUCCAAAUAACCAUAAGGAAACCAGAUAUAUGGUCCACAACACUAGGCAAGAGCUGCAGUUUAUAAGAGAACACCAAAACCUUCAGAAACCAGAACAAAAUAAACAUUUUGUUCAAACUGGCAGAACAGGAUCGCAGUACUCAGCUGCGGAACAUAAACGCAUGGAGGCAGGGCCCAUUCACAACUUGCUUGGUGCUGAAGUUCGUGGCAAAGUUGACGGAGCCUUCGAUUCGGGUUUCCUGAUGACAGCAACGGUUAAUGGGAAGAUAUUGAGAGGGGUCUUAUUUUCACCUGGACAGGGCUUGAUCUCUAGAGAGCCAAUACUUGCUAAAACACCUGCAUCAACAAGCCAUAUUGCUGCCACUCAGCCUCUAAACUCAAGCAAUUCAGAGCCGGUGAAGGCUUCCCAGUCCCACCCACCAACAAUGCGUAUAUUGCCAGAACCGAGUCAAAGUCCUCGGAAAGCUUUAGUAAAUGGACUGCAUUCGGCAACUAAAGCUUCUUCUCCAUCGAAGAUAAGACGUGAUCUUGGAGAUGUGGUUCUAACACUAGGAGGACCUGGAAGUGGCCAUGCCUGACAUUUUUAUGCAAAAUAGUUAAAAACCAGCUUGUGGUUGCGGGCAUAAAAUAAAAUGAUAGCCGUUUGCUUUAUUAUGUAAAUGGUGAUCCCUCCUAAAAGAUGCCUGUAAUUUAGGCUUUUGUGUUUGAGCAUCAGUUUUUAUCACCUUUUUUGCAUGUAGGCUUGGCAAUAUAAGAGUGUUUUGUUUUGUUUUCUCCUUAUCA